CUCCGAGUUCAGGCCCCUGUCCCAUCCAAAUUACUACUGGUGCCCAAUUGGUGGUGCCGGCGACAGCGGCGGCGAUGCAGCUGCUCUCCGGCGCCUCGGCCUCCCGCUUCCCCUCGCCCCUCCCCUUGUUCGCGCGGGUAAGGCCUAGAUGUGUGUCGCGCUAUUCCUCCGCCUCCGCUUGCCGGGCAGCCUCCUCGUCAGCUGCGCCCGUCGGUGACGGCGGCGCGCGGAAGCCGUGGCUGUUCGUUGGGCUAGGGAACCCCGGGAAGAUGUACCAGAGGACUCGCCACAACGUUGGAUUUGAGAUGAUUGAUGCUAUAGCAGAAGCAGAGGGUGUAUCACUCAGCGGUAUGCAGUUCAAGGCAAUGGUUGGCAAAGGUCGUAUUGGAGAUGUUCCUAUCAUGCUUGCCAAGCCGCAAACGUUUAUGAAUGCAAGCGGUGAGUCUGUUGGGCAGCUGGUUUCAUAUUUCAAGAUACCACUUAAUCAAGUUGUUGUGAUGUACGAUGAUCUGGAUUUACCCUUCGCGAAAUUGCGUCUACUGCCAAAAGGUGGACAUGGCGGGCAUAAUGGGAUGAGAAGCAUUAUCAACCAUCUCAAACAAAAUCGUGAUUUUCCACGUCUAAGAAUUGGCAUUGGACGACCACCUGGGAAGAUGGAUCCUGCCAACUUUGUUCUCAGGCCAUUCACCAAAAAAGAACAAGAAGAGCUUGAUUUCACAUUCCAUAGGGGCUUGGAUGCAAUAAGAAUAAUGACACUUGAAGGAUUCAACAAGAGCGCUACUUUCGUGAACACCGCCCAAUCAUCCGAAAUGCUGAAUAGAUGACAAACCAAUUGAUUCAUUUUUUGUGCCAAAGGGAUUUGAGUUCAAGUGAUGAAUUAAAGUUAAGGAACUAGAUAGGGGUUUUCAGUUAUUUGCAUUGUGGCCAUCUUUCCUGUUAGAAGACCCCCACACUGAAAACCAAAGCUUUAUUUGUGCAUAUACGACAAUGGUGGGUGAUAAUAAUUUUAUUUAUACCAGCAAUGUGAAACAUUGUGAACUAAUGGAUGCCAUAGCAUUUGAGUUUA